AUGCAACAAGACAUUCCGUGUUUAAGGAUAUUCUGCCAUUUCGCCAUCUCACCAUUCCACCGUUCCAUCAUUUUUUCAAAUAGGAAAAAGAUGAAAAUUCUGGGAAGGAAGCUUUUUGCAAACAAGGUCUAGUAAUUGAACUGGGUGAUAGCUAACUGCGUACUGGAAACCGAUGCCUUGAAGACCAAUUUUCGCCUGGUUGUCAGCAGUAAAUUUCCAAAUCGGACAUGGUUUAUCCAUUUCGGUUGUCACGGGGUAAUACCCUUUUCUUAGAAUGCAUGCCAUAUGCUUUUUUUUUCGCAAUUUGGUAUGCGGCGAAGCAGAAGGUCAUGAUCACCUUAAACUACAACGUGAAGCAUUGGGCCUGGGCCUUUACAGUCAUUGAUAGGAGCUCUCUGAACGAGCUCGAAAUAUUAUCAAGUAGCAGUGACCUGAAUGUUAAACACCAGCUUGCAUUGUAUGUAACUCACUACUUCUCUUGAGCAGUCGACUGUUCAUCACCAUCUGUUAUUUCACCGUCAGCUACAAGUGGUGGGUUAUUGAUGUUUUAAUGUUUCAUUCUUGUGCGGUAGCAAUAGCGACUGUUAUUCAAAAUAGAGAAGAAGUUGACAGCGAUGCUUCCCACGUUUUCUUAAUAUUCAUGUUUAUGGGCAUUCACUGUCUAUGAGAAGACUUUUUAGAAUUAUCGAUAAAUGUAAACGUAAUUAGUCUAACAUAAGUGUGUAUUUCUCACAUGUUUUGUUUGUAUUAGAAAACUCCUCUAUGAUUCUCAUACUUAAUAUCACUUAUCAUCCCAACGCUUGGUACUCUUCACCUGUCACUUUCACAUUUGAACUUAAAUGUUGUCGAAUAGUUACAAUUUAUCGAGUGAUAUUGACAUUAAACAUGUUAGUAAGGUAAAUUGCUCAAAUGUAAGGAAUAUGGUGCUUUGCCUCAACGUAUGCGGCGAAGAAGAGGUCAUGAUCACCUUGAACAACCCUGGUGACAACGUGAGGCAUUGCGUGAGUACCGCACUAAAAUUUUUUAUGUUCUGACUGACAGAAUUUGAGCUGUAAGGUCAGUUUACUGGAUUGAAUUUGUCAUUCGUUUGUACCUAAUUUUCCAUAUGUGUCAGUUUUACUUGGAAAAACAGUUGAAUAUCCCGCACAGCUUAAUUAAGCAUGUACCAGGCGGUUGUUUGAAAGCUAAUUGCAAUUAAUUACCGUAAAAUUACUAUGGUAUUCACCUGAAUAUACUUAUGAGGACUUUUUAGACUCGGAAGUUUUUAUUUUAUCAGGGACAUUCUAGCUCUCCCAGAUUGUGUUAGAAAAAUAAUCUGAGAACCAAUCAGUUUUCAAUAUCUCGUGUAUUAAACUGAAAUUGAUACAGACGGCAAACCUCAUUCCUUGACUGUUAAUGCGAAACCAUACUAAACCAAGGAAUCUUUGCAUUUUUUUAGUCGAAAGCUGAGCGCAAGAGCCUCUGACCAACAGAGCAGCAAUCUAUUUCAGUAACUGAGCCUGUGUCGAUAAGAGCCGUUCUGCUGGGCGAACAAACGAGUACUACGUCGAUAUGGAAGUGAAAGAUCUUAAGUGGUACAGUCCUUUCGUGUACUUUGUUGGAGCUAUUUUAAGUUUUGCUGAUCCCAUCACCGACAUACUCACACUGGUGGAAUUCUACCGCUCGGAUCACAAAACAUGGUUUGGUGUGGGGCUAAUUUUUGUUUUAUUGCCAUGUUUGGCGUUUCCAGUAUUGUUCGUCCGGCUGCGUGCCCAAUUGACUGCUUCACCUUCUAAUUGGGCAAAAACUGCUCUGUGUGCAUUGCAUCCAUUUUCAGCAGCCUUCGCGAGAGUAGAGGCUUUUAUUUUCUGUCUCAAGAAAUGGUGGUAUAAUGAUGGAAUCGACCCGAAAUCCCUUAACGAAGCUGAGGGUUUACUCACUCACAAUGACUUAGCCUUGCUCUUUGAGGCAGUCCUUGAGUCCGCUCCACAAUUUAUAAUUCAGUUGUACGCCAUCAGUGUUCAGCAAGAAUCAGCAGCAAUCAUUCAAAUCAUUUCUCUACCUAUCUCUUUCCUCGCUCUGGCAUGGGCCUUCACAGCCACUGAUAAGACGUCUCUUGCCGUGAAUAAUAUAAUACCAAGUAGCGGUGACCUGAAUGUUAAACACCAACUGGCAUUGUUUGUAACUCACUUACUUCUCCUGAGCAGUCGACUGUUCGCCAUCUGUUAUUUCACCGUCAGCUACAAGUGGUGGGUGACUGCCAUGUUAAUGUUUCAUUUUUGUGCCGUGGUAACUUUCAUUACUUUCAUUCAGAAUAGAGACAAAGUUGACCGUAUUGCCCCUUAUCUUCUCUUAAUUAUGUUUUUUACGGGCAUUCACUUUCUAAGAGAUGACUUUGUAGAAUUUUCGAUAGGUGUAAAAGUAACUGGUUUAACCAUGAGUGUGUUCUUCUCACAUAUUUUGUUUGUAUUAGAAAACUUCUUUAUGAUCCUAAUGUUUUAUUUCACUUAUCACUGCAACGCUUGGUACUCUCUACCUGUCACUGUGUGUGUUUGUGUGUUCAGUGUUCUUGGCUCCACAAUAAGAAUUUGCUUACUUCAUUGGCUACGCAACAAACCUACUGGCGGUUUAUCAGCCGCGAACAGCUCUUGUCAGAGUACGAGUGAGGUAGAGCACUUUUUUACGAUAAGGUAUGAACGAGAGGACGCUGGGUGUGUUCACGACUGUGAAGAGCCCUGGUGUGACAACGUGUGAGGCAAAGUAUUAUAAAAGUUCAAUUUAAUCUAGUCAUUCGUUUAUGUUAGUCUGUAGCUACUAUUUGAAUUCGAAGUCCGUAGUUAGGUUUAAGUGAUUGAGACGAGUUUCGAAGUUGUGACUAUCUUGUUUAAGUCCAUCACUAGACGUGCGAAGUUGGACUAUGACCCUCACGAAAAUUUAGCCUCGUUCAGGCUUACGCAGUCUAAGAGGAGGGUCCAAAUUAGACUUUUCCAAUCCUGUAUUCCGCCGCUAUUUUUCAUUCCAUUCCGCCAUUCCGCUGCAGUGAAAAUUUUUGUCCCGAUGCUACCUGGUUAAACCCUGUUUUUUCUGUUGAUCAGAAGCAUUCAGUGCGUUGUUUUUCAUUUUGUGAGACUCCUAUAAAAGUGUUUAGGUUAUUGUUCUGACAACGAAUGUUUAAUCUUAGCUAUUCUUUCAAGGUCAGUUGGCCAGCAUGCCCGCUCGGUACAGAAUAAACAAGUAUAUACUUUAGAGUCAAGUUAGCCAAACUCAUUGAGUUAAUUAGUAGUCAGUGGUCGGUGAGAAGUAGAAGAGUAAGAAUCAAAUUGUGAGAAGUGUGAAUAUCAAAGAGAGAUUAAUCAGAAUAAGAGCCAGACAACCAGAGUUGCUCAGAGGGAAGCAAAUUUAAAGGAAAGAAGACGUUUUAGUCAGAGAGUCGAGAGAUAAAAGAGAGU